AUGCGUCGGAUCCGUGCAGAUGAUAGAGGCAUCUUUGUCCGAGUUGAAGAGGCAGAGAGGGAAGGGGAGGUGUGGGAGGAGGAAGGGGCAGGUCCAGAGGAAGCAGAGGGAGCAAAGGAGGAGAGGGUGGAGGAAGAGGGGUUGCAUGAUGAGAGGAUAGAGGGAGAGGGGUUGGAGAAAGAGCAUGGAGUGGGAGUGCUGAGCUCGCUCAUUUCCUCGUAUGACCCUAUGGCUGCCGUGCUGCUGCGGAGUGAGGUAGUUGGGGGGGUAGAGGGGCACACAGACGAGCAGAAGGAGAAGGGGAAACAGAAGGAGAAGAGGGAGAGGGAGAAGGGGUUGCCUGAGGAGAACGGGGGACAGGAAGAGGAGCGGGGCAUGACGGGAGUGGUGAAGAAGGGCGGCAGCACAGUGAAGCGUGGGCAGAGGAAGCAGCAGAAGGGUCAAGGCACAGGGAAGGAAGAGCGUGUGAGGCAGAGCAGGCAAGGAGGCUCCAUCCCCACUCGCUCUCCUGAAAGCCGCUCGCCUCCGACUCACGAAUACCAAUCCGUCUCACCAUUCUAUGCUCUUGUUUUUGAGGCGCCUCAAAAACAGACUUCUCGCACUCCUGAAAUCCAUGCGCCUCCGUCUCACGGCACUCCUGAAAUCCAUGCGCCUCCGUCUCACGCAUGCGAUUCCGUCUCACCACCCUAUGCUCCCCUCUCGCAUGCCCCCGAGUCCGAGUCCCCCAUCCCUGCCAUCCCCACUCGUUCCGUCUCUACUAGCUCCAUCCUUGAUCGCUCUCCUGAAAGCCAUGCGCCUCCAUCUCACGCAUGCGACUCCGUCUCACCACCCCAUGCUCCUCUCUCGCACGCUCCUGAAUCCAUAGCACCCUUCCCUUCCUCUCCAGUAGCCCCACCCACACACCCGUACCAUCAGAGCUCCACAUCAGGCGAACCACAUUCUUACCAUCCGUUAUCAUCACACCUGCACCAGUCACACCUGCACCAGUCACACCUGCACCAGUCACACCUGCACCAGUCACACCUGCACCAGUCACACUCGUACCAGUCCAUCCCUUCUCAUCCUUUGGCUCUGUCACACACCCACUCAACCCUUUCCCAUUCGAUCACAGCCCCGUCCCAUGUACUCACAUCCCACGCACUCACAUCCCACACAGUCACAGCCCCCACCCCCUCCCUGCUCGCCCUCCGCUACGUAACCGCCCUGGAGGAGCGAAACCGCCUCUCAGCAGCCAAGCUCUCUCAAUCCGCCCUCUCUGUCUCCCUCCACGCGCAACACUUAGCCACCACAGACCGUUCCAACCACCUCAUGGCUCAAAAGGUCGAGCUUUCAAAGGGGGAGAAGGCGAGGAGGGAGCGCGAGGGCCGGGAGAGGCGAGGCAGGGAGGAGCUAGCUGGGUUCGCCAGGGCGUGUGCUGAUGAGUUGGUCGCAGGGUUGCUGGUGAUGCUGGUGGUGAUAGGUGCGACUGGGUGGAGGUUUGCAGGGGAGAGGUUGGCUGCUGGUGUGGCGGCUUGCCAGGUUCGGCACGAUCCUGCGCUGGACGCUUCGUCUUUUCUCGGGGUUUCGUUCUCCCGCCCGGACCGGUCGCUGGUGACGUGGCUGCGUCUGAUUGGCUGCAAGCUGACCGUUGCCGGGCAGAUGUUGCUGGCGUUCCUGGUCGCGUCUGCUACUACUUAUAUCAUGUUGCUCAAUAACGUGGCUGCUGCUACAGGAGCGGGGAGCGCCCAUUCCCGCCCCGCUACCACAAUUGUGCUUUGCCUGGGGUGCGUGUGCGGUUACUUUGGGUUCUAUGCGGUGCGGCUGGCAGGGGGGGAUGCGGUGGUGUGGCUGGUGUGUUGGGAGGGGCUGUGUGUGCUACAUGCGGUGGUAGCUUGGCGGAAGGAGCAGCUGUUUCGAGUGCUGCGUAUCUUUUUCCACCUCACCCUCCUCCUCCUCCUUCCUGUGGCUGCUGGGGCACUGCCUUUUGUCACCUGGGCAGACGUUAUUCGCUUUAUUGGAGCGCUCUUUAGCGAGGUUUGGAUGAUGGCAGGGGGUUGGGUAUGGCAGUGGGAGGCCAGGGACCAGGAGAGAGGUUGGGAUGGGUUGAAUGGGCAAGGGUAUGGACACAGCAGCCCUCUUGGUGCUUCUACUCCUGAUGGUGGUAUGGGUGCAGAGUCGUUUAGCACAGCAGGGCCAUCGGCAGGGGCUGGUGGUAGUGGUGGUAUGGCACGAUACUGGGAAGAUGAUUUGUAG